GCGGCGGCCGCGGGGCGCGCGAGCCGGGGCCGGGCGGGCGAGCGCCGAGAGGGGGCCGCUCCGGAGUCGGGAGGCGGCGGCGCCGGACGACGCGGACCUCAGGCGGCGCGCGCCGCUCGGACGCCGCGAGCACCAUGGGCUGCUGCACCGGGCGCUGCUCGCUCAUCGGCCUCUGCGCGCUGCAGCUGCUCUCAGCAUUAGAGAGGCAGAUCUUUGACUUCCUUGGCUUCCAGUGGGCGCCCAUUCUUGGCAAUUUUCUACAUAUAAUUGUCGUCAUAUUGGGUUUGUUUGGAACCAUUCAGUACAGACCUCGAUAUAUUGUGGUGUAUACAGUAUGGACUGCCCUCUGGGUCACCUGGAAUGUGUUUAUUAUCUGCUUCUAUUUGGAAGUAGGUGGGCUCUCUAAGGAUACAGACCUAAUGACAUUCAACAUCUCUGUGCACCGGUCAUGGUGGCGGGAACACGGGCCCGGCUGUGUCCGAAGAGUACUGCCCCCGUCAGCCCACGGCAUGACGGACGAUUACACGUAUGUCUCUGUCACCGGCUGCAUUGUGGACUUCCAGUACCUGGAGGUCAUCCACAGUGCCGUCCAAAUCCUACUCUCUUUGGUUGGUUUUGUGUAUGCCUGUUAUGUGAUCAGUAUUUUCAUGGAAGAAGAGGAUACCUUUGAUUUCAUAGGUGGACUUGAUGCACACUCCUACUGCCAGGAUCAUGUUACGUUAAAGCCUGUUCAUCUGUCGAAAUAAGUAACGACACUGACUCUGAAACGCAGCUGCCGAAUUUGACUUAGGAAGCCAAGCACCACCAACAGCACUCUCUGCAUCAGCACGUCUCACUUCCUUCCAGAGGGUGGACCGCACCUCCCCGCUUUUCCACGAGUCACGGAGUUCUCCGGGCACAGCCUACGUAUUAGUAGCCUUGUUCUCUAGAUGAGUUGUAGGUGCUUGGGUGGGUAUUUUUUUAGUCAUUUCCUUCUUAUAUGAAGACUUGUAAAUUGUACCCCCAAAAUCGGUUUUUAAUUUUUUAACAAUAUUUAAUGUGAGGCAUGCGACAUGAAAAAAACAUUCUGUGAAAACCUUCCACAGUCAAUUCUAAGAGAAAUGUGGGUUCGUAUAGUUGAGGUGUCAGGUCCCCAUUGCUGCCUGUGGUGACCCCAGACCUGAAAGAGUUCACAUGGUAGACGUCACCCGGGGUUUCUCAGCAGCAAGUUAGAUGCCAUGACAACUGAUAAAUGGGUACAGAGAGUGGGUCAGGCUUUCAGACUGAAUAUGGAUCAAUUGUUCACCACCACCAGACAAAACAGGGAGUCCUCCUUUGUUCUCAACUUUCCAAAACCCAGAAUAAUAUUAUGGCAAUCUAAAUGUUCAGAUGUGUGAAUGACAUCUUGUUCUUCCUGUGUUCUGAAAAAUUAUAUAUCAUGGGUGUAAGAAAGAGUGAAAUGACCGGUAGUACAUCUUUGCCCUUUGGAGGGAAUCUGGGCAUCUCUGAGGUUCAGAUUUUCUACCCUUUAUCCCAGACUUGCCAUUGGCACCCAGACCUAAAUAUAUAGCUUAUAGGUUCAUGGGACAGAAAUCACAACCAUAAAUCUGCAAUCAGAAGUGUUGCUCUUAAUAUAUUCCAAAAAAGUAUCAAAAUGGCAUGGAGUUCUCUGUAUACUCUUAAAGAAGUAUAUAUACUUCUAUUGGUUCUUCAUCAACUUUUCUUUCUUCUAACCUAUUCCAAUAACCAAGAAAGUAAUACGGGAAGCAUAAUUUCCCAUGGAAGAAAAGGACUGUCUUGAAAACUCAUCACAUUUUUUUUUUCCAUUCUUAUCUUUCAAUUACUAUUUCCCACAUCAAAAUAAGCUUUGCUCACUUUGUGUAACAACCAGGAUUGGUCCUCCUAGAGGCCAUGAAAUUGAGUACAUGCACUAUUUAAUCCAGAAGUUGUUAACCUGGCCCAUGAACCUCUAAGUCAGUCUACAACCCGUCUUAAAUGGUGUCUACAUUUUUGUAUUUCUAUAGAGGAUUUAGUUUCCUACUUCUUCCAAGUCCAUAUAUCUUAUGAGAUCGCCUUAAGACUGAGAAUUUAUGCAAUAAAGUCCACCCUGGUUCUUGACAAACAGCGUGGGCUUUCUGGAGGCCUGCUAGACUCACAGCCUCCUCUGGACUGUGUCUCCCAUCAGUCAGCUGACACCCACUGAAUCCCAUCACUUUUCAUUCCACUGAAUAAACCCAAAUUAAAAAUAAACAGGAGGUAGCAGGGAGUGGAGAGAAAGACCAGUCCAAGUCACCUUAUACAGUUGAGGGAGGUGAAUCCUCGGGGAUUUGCUGAUGUGUCCAGAGUCCUGCUGUGUCCAGAGGGCAUAUUUUUGUGGCCCAAGGAAGGAGAAACUGGAGGACAAGGACAGGGAGGGGCUUGGGUCCCCAGCCCACCCCUGUGGUCUUGGAGAGUGUUGACGUCUCAACCCUAGAGAAUUCCUCAUCUGUAAGUAUAACAACAAUCCCUCCCUCCCAAGGGUAAGGUGAUGAUCAGUUGGAAAUGUACCACAAUUAAAAGAGGCAGUUCUCACUGUCAUGUCAGAGCAACAAGUUGGAUCCUGUCUGGAGCUCUUGCUACCCAUUCAAGUACUGUGAAAACCUCACGCAAACUCCAAACUCUUCCAAGUUUCCUAAAAAAUAGCUUGAAAAACUUGCCCGUAUUUAAGAGAUUAGAAAUAAUAUUCACUCAACAGUGCAUUUCUUAAUUUCAAGUAAUUUUUACCUUCAAAUCCAAGAUGAAUACAUAGUAUUACUAGAGAGGAAGCUAAUAGAAUAUGUAAAAAAAUGUAGAAAAUCAAUAAGACAGAUGAAUAAAAUUAACAUUUAAAUAUUUUAAACUGUCAUUUCAUCAUCCCCUCCACACAUAUACACAAACACACAAACAAAACACAGUGAACACUUCACAAAAUAUUACCACACUAACUUGCAUUGCCUUCAUAUAAAUUUGAACAUACUUCUACGAAGCACUGCAGAGUCCUAGAUCUUGUCUAACUGCAGAUUUGAGGAGGAAAUCCUUAUAUUAGUCAUCAUUCUAUGGAUAUUCAAUAUAUGGAACUACUUGAUAUGGUAUGUGUGUUUUUAGUUUUUAAUCUUUCUUCAUUGAAAUUAUCACUGUUUCAAACCCCAAUGCCGUCAAUCCAUAAUGAUAAUUCUAAAGUCCCAGGAAAGUUGCCACUCAUCAGAAGCAAACCACAUAGGUCCCCUGUCUGCUCUCCCUCCCCUGGAGCUCCUCCGUACCUCUCCUGGUCCCACCAGUCUUCAGGAGUUAUACUUUCUUAAGACCAAUGGAUGAAAAGAUGCACAGGCUUGUGCAGUAACACUCAGCAGCCACUCCUUGAUCUGGGUAAUUGCGACACAAAACUGUCAAGCUUGCUGCCUCUUUGUUGUUUAGUCACUCAGUCAUGUCUGACUCUGUGAACCCUGGACUGUAGCCCUGGACUAGACUCCUCUGUCCAUGGAAUUUUCCAGGCAAGAAUACUGGAGUGGUUUGCCAUUUUCUUCUCCAGGGGAUCUCCCCAACCCAGGGAUGGAGCCUCUGUCUCCUGCAUUGGCAAGAGGAUUCUUUACCGCUGAGCCACCAGGGAAGCCCCUUCCUGCCUCUUAGAAGUGAGCAUUUCCAGCUUUUGAAGCUUCCUGUUUUAGAGAAUCCACGCUGCACCGUGCAUCACACGCCAGCACUUUCGACAAAGGCAUGUUCACUGUUAUGUACGUUCCUGCCUCAUCUUGACUUCUCUGUGUGCAAGUGUGUGUCUGGUCAAAGUGAGGGAAAACGAACAUGUAUUUUUAGCCUGGGUCCAUUGAAUAGAAUUUCCUCAUCCUAGAAGAUGAUCCAGCUCCAGGUUCAAGCUCUCUUCUCAGAAAUGGCCCCAGUAAAGCUGGAGAUGGGACACCCAGUGCCCAUGCGCCCCUUAGCAGUUCUCACGGUCAUGAGCGCUGAUUAGAAUGGAGAUGGGGAAAGUUAAAACCACUUUAUUUUUCCCUCUUUGAACCAUCCUGGCAUUGUGUCUUGUGAGCUUUGUCCACCCCUACCCCAGACUGCGUCUUCCAUCUCUCAUCAAUGACUUUUCCUUUUAUAAGUGUCUUCUGCUGCCGUUGUGCAGUUAAGAUGCUUUCUAAUUUACUUUCAAGGUAGCAGAAGUAAAGCAGGGAAAUUACAGCAGAGGAGGGGCUGAAUUAGAAAGUUCCCAAGAGACAGAAUACAUAUGGGGUAUGGAACAGCCUCAGACAGAUUUCUCUGAUUUCCCUUUAUCUGCCUGGAGUUGGGGCAGAAAGAUGCAGAAAGAGCUAUUCCCCUGCUGCUCACGUUCAUCGAACGUGUGUUCGAUGUCAGUUUCCUUCGGGUCAGUUUCCAAAGGUCACAGUGCAGAUAAUGAUUCAGCGUUCUUUAUUUUCUACUGUUCUUAUAGAAUCUGGUUUCUUCUCAGUUGCAUUGAAAUGUUAUCUUAAAGACUUCUGUUUUCUUCUCUGCCUUUGUCCAAGGAUAGAGAAGCACCUGGGAAGGCUGGAAUAAAGUGAAGGUAUUAUUUAAAAAAAAAAAGGGAGGGGGGGGGAUUUCUCUUAGGAAAAGCUCUAAGAUAGUACAUCCACAAGUGUCUUAGCCUGCCACCUGCUGUACAACGUCAGGGUAUGUGUCCUUGAAACAAAAACUUGUGUCCAUCACUCCAAGCUGAAAGGCUGUUGGCUUACCUGUUUUGAAGAUAACUUGACAUCCUGCCUAGGAAAACACUGACUUCCUUCUUUUUUCCCCCAGAAAAAUAAGCCCUACUAUUUCCUAUAGUGGCACUAGUGGUAAAGAGCCCGCCUGCCAAUGGAGGAGACUUAAAAGACACGAGUUUGAUCCCUGGGUGGGGAGGAUCCCCUGGGAGAGGGCAUGGCAAUCCACUCCAGUA